CAGCACUGAGAACUAGCAAUAGGUUUGUGAAUGCGAAAGGGUGUUUUUCCUCUAAAUGUCUACUGAAUAUUAAGCGCCGUCCCCUGGGUGUUGUUUGAAAUGCUCCCGUAGUUUUAUCUCCAUAAUGACUCAAUCAAAUUACCUUAGCUCAGUGUUACAAUUUCUCAGCUCCCUAUAAUCGUCUGGUUCAGAUGGAGGAACCCUUCGCUGCCACCCCUUAAAGGUGAGCAUGUGCCAACAGUUGCCAGCCCCAACGCCGCUCUGUUUCCAUGCCAACACGAAAGGCUCUCAAAUCGUGAUGGACAAGAUGCAGCGCAGCGUGCGCCGAAUUGCCAGCUUCUGCAAUGCCAUCACCUUCACCAACCGGCCAGUCAGAAUCUAUGAACAGGUCCGGCUCAAGAUCACAAAGAAACAGGGAUGUUGGAGUGGCGCCCUCCGAGUGGGUUUCAGUUCAGUGGAUCCAUCAGAUUUAAGUUCAGCAUGGCUGCCACGGUUCGCCUGCCCAGAUUUAGUUAGCGAAAGGGGAUUUUGGGCCCGAGCGCUUCCUGAGGAGCAAUGUGAAGAAGGAACCGUUCUGUCCUUCUGGUUGGAUAACACAGGACGAGUGUUUUACCGUGUAAACAGCGGCCCUCCGAUCUUCUUCUUCGGCGGUGUACCAGCCGGAGAGCCAGUUUGGGCGAUCAUUGACAUUUAUGGGCUGACACGUGGAGUACAGCUACUAGACAGUAAGAUGGUGCCAGCUGAAUAUCUCUGUCCUACUGUGACUCAUGAAUGCAUGGAUGAGUGGCAUCUGUCAAGCAACUGCUCUGAGCUUGACCUCCAGGAAGAGCUGCCAUCCUUCUCAAGCUCUCCAAACGCGCUCAACUCAGUGCUGUCACGUCAGCUCAACGAUGACUUGCAUUUCCACUGUGUGCAUGGCAACGGUCUGCGUCUGCUGACUGAACACAUAGCGGUGCGUUAUUAUAACAGACGUGAGGAUUGCACUCUGGCGUUCACACAUCGGCCGCUGCGCUGUGGAGAGUGUGUGUUCCUAAAGGUCUCGUUGAGGUCAUCUGCUCUGAAUGGAUUUUUGUCUUAUGGAUUCACUUCCUGUAACCCAGCCCAUAUUAAUCCAAAGCACCUGCCGGUCAGUCCAGAUGACCUGCUGGACCGCAAAGAAUUCUGGGCUUUUAGCUACCUGUCUUCACCGCUUAUGGGCGGGGAUAUCAUCGGUUUCCGAACAACUGCAGAAGGGGAGGUGCUUGUGAGUCAUAAUGGAGGGAGAGCAUGCAGAGAGAUGUGUGUGGAUAACUCCACUCCUUUGUGGAUGAUCUUCCAUUUACAGCAACACAUCAAGCAAAUCAGCAUACUGGGCACUUCCUGUGGUUACUCUCCAUCCUGUUCAGAAAUACAGAGGUCCAUCUAUAGUGAUGCCAGUCACCUAUCAGCCAAUCAGAUUCACAGUACAGCAGUCAGGGGUUUUACUGACAGCUUUGAGUCCCGCCCACAGAGUCUCUGCAGUUCUGUAGGGACAACAUUCAGUUCACUGUCCUCAGAAUCUCCCAGUACCCCAUCAUGCUAUGCGAUUACUGGUGAGGAGUGUUUGAUUUGCUGUGAGAGGGCAGUGGACUCAGUGCUGUACGCAUGCGGACACAUGUGCGUGUGCUCUGUCUGUGGUGGGAAGCUAAUGGAGAUGUCAAACCCAUCUUGCCCCAUGUGUCGUAGCCCUAUCAGAGACGUCAUCAAAAUAUACCGCAGCAUGUAAACUGGAAACCACCUCUCUAACCAAUAGGAUGACCGUACUGGGUGAUUCUGAAGGGGCUCCUUCACAGGUUGAGCAAGGAAGAGGUACUAAAUGACUGCUUGAUAUACUAAAUGACCAAAAAUGCAGAGAAAACCCAGAAGUACAGUAACUGCAUAAGUGGAUGGCACAACAAUAAUGUAAUCCCAGAUAAUAAGUCUCUAUUGCCUAUAAAUCUCUAUGGACAAAUGGCUAGAUGUGCAUAAUGGGAAAUCAAGCUACUAUGAGACAUUCUUGUUUUCGUUUGAUAAUAUCCUACUAACUUCAUACUGUUAAAAGACUGUUCACAAAUAGUUCUUUAACUUGUAUAUGUUAAGUCAAUCCAGAAUAAGAAUCUGAAAACUACAUUGUGGAUUUGAUGUGUUGGUAAAUAUAUUAAACUGAAAAACUAAAAACUGUUUUACAUACCAAAGUAGACAUUCACAAAAC